CAUGCCCAACUCUUUGUUGUUCGAGUUGGCUGCUCAGUAAUCAGAAUGAAUUUGUAGUGCAGGGAAGGGCUGCUUUGUUCAACGGCCUCUUUAAUUAUUUUUUUCUACUAGUUUGGACUCAUUAGAACGACCAUGGCCAGUGCGGGAGGCUCGGGAAAAAGUGAAUUUCAUGUGGGGGGAAAGUACAGGCUGGUGCGAAAGAUAGGCAGCGGGUCUUUCGGAGACAUUUAUCUUGGUGUAAACAUCGCCAAUGGGGAGGAAGUCGCUGUGAAAUUAGAGUCCCAAAAAGCCAGACACCCUCAGCUGGAGUACGAGAGCAAGUUGUACAAAAUAUUACAAGGAGGUGUUGGUAUUCCACAUACACGAUGGUAUGGCCGAGAACGGGAUUACAAUGUAUUAGUGAUGGAUUUAUUAGGGCCUAGUCUAGAAGAUCUCUUUAAUUUCUGUUCCCGCCGUUUCAGUAUGAAGACAGUACUUAUGCUGGCUGACCAGAUGAUAAACAGAAUAGAAUAUGUACAUACAAAAAGUUUUAUCCACCGAGAUAUGAAACCUGAUAAUUUUUUAAUGGGCAUUGGCAGACACUGCAAUAAGGUAUUUUUAAUAGACUUUGGGUUGGCCAAGAAGUACAGAGACAACCGAACACGACAACACAUACAGUACAGAGAAGACAAAAAUCUGACGGGAACAGCACGCUAUGCUAGUAUCAAUGCACACCUGGGGAUUGAACAGAGCCGAAGGGAUGAUAUGGAAUCAUUAGGCUAUGUUCUUAUGUAUUUUAACAGAGGCUCAUUACCAUGGCAAGGCUUAAAGGCUGCCACAAAGAAGCAAAAGUAUGAAAAGAUUAGUGAAAAGAAAAUGUCCACACCAGUUGAGGUUUUAUGCAAGGGAUUCCCAGCAGAGUUUGCUAUGUACCUGAACUACUGCCGAGGACUUCGCUUUGAGGAGGCCCCUGACUAUAUGUACCUCAGACAGCUCUUCCGUAUUCUUUUCCGGACACUCAACUUCCAGUAUGAUUAUGUCUUCGACUGGACCAUGUUGAAACAGAAGGCAGCGUCUGUGGCUAACAAUAGCACAGCGUCAGGGGUGAAGGGCAGUGCUAGUAAAGCUCAGUACAAAUCAGCAAGAUGAGAGUAGAGCAGUGCUUCUGAACAGGAUGUGAUAGCCAGGACUGGCCAGGAUGCUGUCACACUUCGGACUCCUCCAUUGCAGGCUGAAGGAGGGACAGGUUGUGCUUGCAGUGUCUAGAGAAAAACGUCCACAUGUCUUUCACCAUUUUACAUGGACAUAUUCUCCCCAGUUCACAGGGUGCUCGUAUUAUGUGUACAAAGACUUGGACCCUCUACAAGAGGACAAUUUUACUCACUCUUAAUGUGACCGACACCUUUUGCCUUGAGUGAUGCUUCUAAGGUGUCUAUAAGGUGAGGAGGUUCUUGAAAAUCACUCAAGCCAUUUCUCAUCGAUUCUGGACACUUUUAACUUUGGUUUUUACACAUUUUAAAUGUGUUAAAAUUUUUAUCAAUGUGUAACUUGCAACAUCUCUGGUUAUUUUAUUGACAAGACAUUAGAAGUUAAACAUGAAUCAAGUUUCAAAUAAGAUCAAAUUUCGGUCUUAUCCUGUAGAGAUUGCUCAAAUUCGUGCUGAUUUUCUUCUUGCUGUUUAUUUUCAAGAAUGAUUCUUACCAUUGAUCUCAUACAUUCGUGCAUGUAUUCUUUUUGAGCAAGAAGCCUACACCAUUGUCUCUUGUAUAUUGUACAUUAUCAGCAUCGUGUGGUAUAGAUUCGGUCCAUGUCAUUGUGGCAAACUCUGUAAAUAAUCUCUACAAGACUAAGUGAAUGUAUUGUCUCAUUAACUCUUUUGAGAAAAUCUUUUUUAAUCCCCAUUGUCUAAAAUUAGAGACUUGUUCUCAUUUCUUACAAUUGAGGCUUCGUGAAUUUCUGUCAGUAAUGUACUUGUUUACCCCAAAGAACUAUUGAAAAAAAAAAGUCAGCUCAACUACAUGUGCAUGAUCAGUAAAGGGUAACCUACAGAAGUCUACCAAAUUUACAAAACAGCUUGGAAAAUCAUCAGUGAUUUUGUUCAACUUACUGUAUUAAAUAUUCAAAGGUGCUAAUGCCAAAAGGUAAACGUAUCACAUCAUCUGUGUGAGAUAUAUGGUCAGAUCCUAGCAUUUAGGAAGAUUAUUGUGAUGUGCUGUUAUCACAAAGACAGUCUACAAGCUGUUCAUGGAAACAAGACUUCAGUCAUUAGUAUCAUGGUGCCACUCUUUACAGUGGGGAGCCAUUGUCAGUAAAUACAGGGACACCAUUCAUAUUUAUUUUUAUUAAAGUCUUGUUGGAUUGUCAUUAAGAUGAUAUUUUUAAUUAUACACUGUCUCGUGUUUUGGACCAGAGUGUAUUUAUACAUGUAGAACUUUUUUUAAGUGUUUUGAUAUGCUGUUUGAAAAAUCUAUGAUGAUUACGAUAAGAGUUUUAUGACUUUUAAAAUGUACACAACGGAGAUCAGAUAAAAAAUUAUUACAUGCAUUACUCUACAGUCUGUCAUGUCUUUCCCCGGUCAGGUAAGAUGUGAUUUGAAUUGCUGGCGAUUUACUGAAUAUACUAAUAAGCCUGGAUAACAUAUAGACUUCUCUAUGUAUUGUACUUCUCUGGCAUGCCCAUGGAUGUCCACUUCAACAUUCCUGUCACAUCAAUCCUGGAUGUCCAGUCCCAGUGUUUUCUGUUGUACAUAGGAUCACUUUACUCUUCUCUUUAUGGUUGCUUUACCAGACAACUUC